AUGAGCGACAAUAUGAGCGACAAGACGAGCGACAAGACGAGCGACAAGACGAGCGACAAGAUGAGCAGCGAGUUGAGCGACAAUUUUAUGAAUGGCUUAAAAGCUUUUUUUCGUAUUCUUUUAUCUGCCUGCGGCAUCCUCGUCAUCAUUUUCGCAGCCCUUCUUGGCGUCGCGGGAAAUCAUCUCGCACUCAGCUGCUUCUUACCCGCGACUAUCAUUAGUCUUUUAUGGAACUCGCUCGUUUUCUGGAUGCUCCGCUGGGGUAAGCGAGAGCCACCCCUCAUCCUUCGACGCGCCGUCGAUUGCUUCAUCUGCUUCACGAGCGUCGCGCUCAUUAUCGUGUUUGCGUUUCAGAACGACUAUACAGGUGACGGAAACUUGAAUAUUUGCAUUCCUCUUUUUGCGAGCUUGGCAGUGUAA